ACCUUCACCUCAGCCAGGACCCUGCUCUCCAUCCUGCGCAUCGCCCACCGCCCUGGCUCGCCUGCGCCUGGUUGACACGGUGGAGAAGGAAGAUGUGAAUGAAGCGAUGAGGCUGAUGGAGAUGUCUAAGGACUCACUGGUGGGAGAUCGUGGGCAGGGCACCAGAGCCCAGCGACCGGCCGACAUAAUCUUCGUUACCGUCCGUGAGAUGAUGUCUGACAGGACUGGCCGCAGCGUGAAGUACUCGGAGGCUGAGCAGCGCUGCGUCACCAAGGGCUUCACCCCGGCACAGUUCGAAGAGGCUUUGGAGGAAUACGAAGAAUUGAAUGUAUGGCAAGUCAAUCAGGCCAGGAGUAAGAUCACCUUCGUGUGACCGUCUAGUGAGCUCUAUUCGGGGUUGUGUGUGUGUGGGGGUGGGGGGGGGGUGGAUGGGGUGGGGGUGGGGGUAUGUGUCGAUUCCCGUUCAUAACUCGUGUUUUUUUUUUUAAGUCGGAUUUUCUUUCCGUUUGGUGGUACUUGUAAAAACGUAGGAAUUUGCUGGUGAGAAAAAAAAGUCCGAGGUCAGUCUGGUUCGCCUUCCCGGCAGUCACUUAACCUAUCGUGUCCCAGACCAUGUACUUGUGGGAGUUGGCCUUAACCCCUUUCUCCUCAUGUGUAGUGCCCGGGGUUAGUACUUUUUAAGUCCUGUUUUGGGGAGCGAGCAGAGGGGUUUGCUUGUGUAAACCUGUUUGAUAUUAGACCUAUAUUUGCAUUAAACUGCCUGACGCUUUAAACCA